GGGGGCGGGGCCGGGCGGCGGGGGAGGCUGUUUAAAGUGGCGCCUGCGGGAUGGCGGAGCCGGCGGACUAUCCCCCGUUCCAGCUGGGGAAGCCCCGCUUCGAGCAGACUUCAUUUUAUGGCAGAUUCAGGCACUUCUUGGACAUCAUCGACCCCCGCACUCUCUUUGUGACUGAGAGCCGCCUGAAGGAAGCGGUGCAGCUCUUGGAGGAUUACAAACAUGGCACUCUGCCCCCAGGAGUCACCAACAAAGAGCUGUGGGGAGCUCAAAAAAUCAAACAGGCCAUCAUCCAUCCCGACACAAACGAGACCAUCUUCAUGCCUUUCCGAAUGUCAGGGAAUGUGCCAAAGGAAAAUCGGAAACCCCCCUACCCGUUCUUUGCUGCCAGUAGUGACAACUUUGAACUCUUGCCUUCAGGCAAUGUUGUUGGUCUCCUCUUGCCCAACCAGACGCUGGCAUCCACUGUGUUUUGGCAGUGGUUGAAUCAGAGCCACAACGCCUGCGUCAACUAUGCAAACCGCAACGCGACAAAGCCUUCUCCGACAUCCAAGUUCAUCCAGGGCUACUUGGGAGCUGUCAUAAGUGCUGUCUCAAUAGCAGUGGGCCUUAAUGUUCUGAUUCAGAGAGCAAACAAGUUUACCCCGGCCACUCGUCUCCUGAUCCAGAGGUUUGUGCCGUUCCCUGCUGUCGCCAGUGCCAAUAUCUGCAACGUUGUCCUGAUGAGGCACACGGAGCUGGAAGAAGGGAUUGACGUGUUGGACAACAACGGGAACAUCGUCGGGUCUUCCAGAAUUGCUGCCAAACACGCACUGCUGGAAACAGCCCUGACCAGAGUGGUCCUGCCCAUGCCUAUACUGGUUCUACCUCCAAUUAUCAUGUCCGUACUGGAAAAAACAUCCCUGCUGAGGUCCCGUCCACGGAUGAUUCUCCCAGUCCAAAGCCUUGUGUGCCUCGCUGCCUUUGGCCUGGCCCUCCCCUUGGCCAUCAGCCUCUUCCCGCAGAUGUCCGAGAUUGAGACGUCUCGGCUGGAGCCGGAGAUCGCAAUGGCCACCACCAGUAAGACUGUGAUCUACAAUAAAGGGUUGUAAGUGGAAGAGGAUCAUCUCAGCCCGGAAGGUUCGGGGAGAGGGGGAAAAAAGGGGGAAAACUUGAGAAGCCGACUGGGAAAAAGGAAACAACAACAACAACAAGACAAAAUAAUCGAGCUCAGCGAUAGUAACGUCGUAGCGCUCCCGGCAGAGCGGGAGCGAAUUAACGCUUGCAGAGAGCUGACAGCCUCACACCAGUCAAAAAAGAUUAAUAUUAAAAAAGUUUUAACUUAGGCAAGAGGAGCGGCAGCAACCACAACAAAAUCACGUUCGAACACUUUAGAAGUAGCUGAUGAAGAAUCUCGGAAUUAACAAGCACCGCACGGAGGGACGGUCGGCGGCGAGUCGACGUGGUCGGGCCCGAGAGUGUAGACUUCACCCAGCAAGUUUUGUUUUCCAUGUGAAUCAAGUCUCUACACUGAUGCUGCACAAAAAUAACUCCCUAGAGAAUCAACGGGAAUGUGAAGCACUUGAUAAGGUGUCUGGGAAGUGUCCUGCAUUGAUCUCCUGCUGAUCCCACCCCAGCGAUCAUGAGCUAAAGAAGAUUUCGUGCCGAGGUCACGGCCUCUGCUCCCUCCAUCCCUCCCUCCUCCUCCUGUGGACGGUCCUGGUGGCAUCCUGCCCUUCAUCCUGUCACUGAAUCCCACCACCAGGCAUUCCACGAGGGCUUUUCCCUGGAUUUCAAGAUACUGGAAAGCCACCACACCCACACGCUGAGUGGGAAGGGGUCUUGUAGCAAAAAUCAUGAUGGAUCUGCUCUUUGCCUUUGCACAGCCAGGAAGGAUGGGGAUUGUCCCACCUAAACUCUAAAAUUAAGAUUGUUAGUCUAAGAUAAUUGGCUAAGCCACGCUUUGUUAAGGUAGUUGUCCAAGGACAGAACAUGAUUUAAGUUUUGAUCAGCCCCAAGGUGAUCAGGCAGUUGCACUAGAUGAUCAUUACAGGUCCCUCCCAACUGGAAUUCUUUUCUUUUCUUUUCUUUUCUUUUCUUUUCUUUUCUUUUCUUUUCUUUUCUUUUCU